CGGUUAUUUUCACCUCUUUUUCUCUGAUCCUCAAGAAAACAAUUGAGUAAAACAAUUAAUAGAACUCAAUACCGUUUUGACAUGCAGCAUCCUGCGCUGUUGUAGAUCUGAUAUCAAUCUCCAUUACUAUGGCACUCAUAACUCCGAGAAAACUCGCUUCAAUAAAACCCAAAUCUUCAAUUUCACCCUAAUUCUUCGAUUUCUCUGUUCCCACAUAUCUUUUUUUGCCAAAAUAUACUGUUACUAAAGCCACUGUACCGCAGAUUUUUAUUUGUAUUCAGUAGUCGCCGGGAAAAUGAGACGGAGGAACUCGGAUUUCCGGCGUCCGGUGAGGCGGCGAUUCUCCAAUGUUUUUUGGUUAACUCUGUGUGGAUUGGCCAUAUUGCUGCUCAUUAUUUUGCUCAGCAGAGAAACUCGCGAUUCAUCCUCUAGAUUGGUUUAUACAAAGAGACCGUAUAGACAUGACAGAAUUGCAGAUGGUCUCAACAUCACUGAGGAAAUGCUGAGGCCUGAAUCUAUGGCAAGACAAAUUAAUGAUCAGAUUUCUCUUGCAAAGGCAAUUCUUGUAAUUUCAAAAGAAAGCAACAACCUUCAAUUUGCAUGGGAACUAAGUGCUCAAAUCCGCAACUCACAGAUGCUUCUUUCUAAUGCUGCUUCUAGAAGAAGUCCCUUGACAAACGGAGAAUCAGAAAGUGCAAUUCGAGAUAUGGCACUUCUGCUCUACCAAGCCCAGCAACUUCACUAUGACAGUGCAACCAUGUUUAUGAGACUGAAAGCUAAAAUCCAAAGCCUUGAAGAACAGGCAAAUUCCUUCAGUGAGAAGAGUUCAAAAUAUGGACAAAUUGCUGCUGAAGAAGUCCCUAAAAGUCUCUACUGCCUUGGUGUCCGGUUAACAGCUGAAUGGUUCAGAAGUUCCAAUUUGCAGAAAAAACUCAAGGAAGAAAAGAAAGCAGCUGCCAAACUUGUGGACACCGGUUUGUAUCAUUUCUGUGUAUUCUCAGACAACAUCCUUGCAACUUCAGUUGUGGUGAAUUCAACGGCUAUGAAUUCCAAGAAUCCUGAUAUGGUGGUCUUUCACCUUGUAACAGAUGAGGUGAACUAUGCUGCAAUGAAGGCAUGGUUCACCAUGAACAGUUUCCGAGGAGUGACUGUUGUUGUACAAAAGAUCGAAGACUUUAGUUGGUUAAAUGCUUCAUAUGUACCUGUUCUCAAACAACUUCAAGACUCUGACACCCAGAACUACUACUUUUCUGGCAACCAUGAUAACAGCCGAACUCCAAUCAAGUUCAGAAACCCUAAAUAUCUAUCGAUGCUUAACCAUCUGAGAUUCUAUAUUCCAGAAGUUUUUCCUGCACUUAAGAAGGUUGUGUUUCUCGAUGAUGAUGUUGUUGUACAGAAGGAUCUGUCAGCCCUAUUCACCACGGACUUGAAUGGCAAUGUAAAUGGUGCAGUGGAGACUUGUAUGGAGACAUUCCAUAGAUAUCAUAAGUACCUAAAUUAUUCUCACCCACUUAUUCGUCCACAUUUUGAUCCUGAUGCAUGUGGGUGGGCCUUCGGGAUGAAUGUUUUCGAUUUGGUUGAGUGGCGAAAAAGGAACGUUACUGGCAUAUACCAUUACUGGCAGGAAAAGAACGUGGACCGCACAUUGUGGAAGCUUGGCACUUUACCACCUGGACUGCUGACCUUCUAUGGAUUGACAGAGGCUUUGAAUCCUUCAUGGCAUGUCUUGGGUUUUGGUUACACGAAUGUCGAUUCCAAAUUGAUAGAAAAGGGAGCUGUGCUGCACUUUAAUGGUAACUCAAAACCUUGGUUGAAGAUUGGUAUUGAGAAGUACAAGCCGCUCUGGGACAAAUAUGUUGAUUAUAGUCAUCCUUUAUUACAACAAUGCAAUUUUCACUAAGUUGGCUUUUGAUUAAUUUAUCAUAUAUAGUUCUCACAAAGGUGGUAAGUUUGGAAAUCUGUGAGGGGGUUCUGUGGGAAUUAAGAUAUUGUCAUCUCUGUGCUUAUUCCAAUUUGUUGUAGUAUAGCUUUGCAACAAACAUCACAGCAUUGGUAUUUUAUUAGCCAGAAUGGAUAAAAUUUCAUCUUGUAUGUUGGCAAGAUUUGUCAAGAUGUAAUAUUCUUUCUAAGGAAGAGGGCCAUAAAAUAA